AGUCCUUGACAAAGUAUGACAACCGAGACCUAUCUGGACCUGACCUACGAGCGCGGCAAGGGCUCGAAGAGACCGCCCAGACCAAGGCUGCUGAAGCUGACGGAUGUCACAAUACCGCAUCGCAGCCGCAAGAAAAGCAAAGUCAAGACAAAGGACCGCUCGGCCACUCUAGUGCGGGAGAGAAUCUACGAUGACCCCGCCUACACCGAGGACAUCAGCCACCUGGCCAAUCCCAUGCGGCGUGGCAGCGUGCCCGGCAAGCACUCCGCCGAGCAGUCGAAGGCCAAGUCCGACGUCCCCGGGCAGUCAGCAUCGGCCAGCGGUCUGCUGAGCAAGCACCAGCUGACCAAGGAGCUCCACCAGUAUGUUUCGGGCAAGCAGAGCAAGUACAAGGGCUCCAACAGCGCCAGCAGCGGGCCCUCAGGGAGUGCCGCUGCCAGCGCCAGCUACGACUGUGGCGGCUCCAGCAGCUCCGACAACGAGACGCUGGAGCCCAUGACCAAGGCCAGCAGCAUGACUCGGCGCGUACGCAGCCUGGAGCGAAGCCUGGCCACGGAGAGAAGCGACAAGAAGGCGACGCAGAAGCGCAACUCCAAGCAGAAGCGGAACCUCAGUCUCGACAACAGUCGACACCUGCUUCCGGGCCAUGCCCAGCAUGGGGCAGGGGCAGGAGCAGGGGCAGGGGCCGGUGGCAAGCCCAGCAGGAAGAAGUAUCCGGAAGGCGGGCCGGAUGCCGCCCAGACGGAGGCCAGCGAGCUGGACGCCGACGUGUACUCCGUGCGGAGCUCGGUGCAGGAUUCGGCGGCCACAGUACCUGCGGCGGAGACGGCUGCCGAGACAGCGGCGAAGGUGGCCAUCGGCAAACGCUUCCUGCGCGGCGAGAUCGGUAUCAAAAGCUUUAACUACUAUCUGCUGAAGGAGGGCCUCAAGAGCUCCAAGAAGAUGGUGGGGAAGCAGCGCAGCAGCACGUUGCACGGCGAGGAGGCGGAUCUGGCCUCUGCCAGAUCCGAGAAAAUGCACGCCCGCAGCGAGGAGAACAUCUAUGAGGAGAUCUUCUUCCAGGACACACCCAGCGCCGUCCCCCCUUCAACGACAGCACUGGUCGCACCUCCACAACCCCCGGACAAGGAGCCGCAUCACAGCCAUCCCCAGCAGCCCCACAAGGGGGCGGCACCGGGGGCGCCUCACGCCCUGAUUGGGCCCAGCGAGGGCAGUGCCGUGGGGGUCUUUGCCGACUGUGAGCUCUGCAUGGAGCAGUGCAGCAAGGACAGCUGUGGGUACUGUUUGGCCCAGGCAGUGCAAGGGGUGCGGAAGAAGCAGCAGAAGCAGCAGGGGCAGGGGCAGGGGCAGGGGCAGGGGCAGGGGCAGGGGUACCACGAGGAAACCAGCGAUCCACGGGGCACAGCCCCGGUCGGGCUGCCCGCCGCCCACAUCCUGGAGUUCCAGUCGUACAACCCCAACAAUCCGGGCGUGUACAAAAUCGAAACGACACCUGUGGCCAUCACGGGAGACUACAAUCCGAUACUGCAGUUCCAGCAAUCGUCGGCCACCACAUCGACCUCGACAACAACAACACCCAGCGACCAGCAGCAGCAGCAGCAGCAGCAGCAGCAGCAGCAACCGAUCUACGGCGGAUACUACCACCCACAGGCGCACCAGAAGCCCUACCAUGCAGCCAUCGUUGGCAAUCCGCUGGCAAGCCAGUAUGCCGUGGGCGGCAGUCUUCUGCUGACGACGGCCCACGGCCGCCCACAGCAGCAGCAGCAGCAACAACAGCAGCAGCAACAACAGCAGCAGCAGCAGCAGCACUAUAUCGUCAGCUAUCAGAAUGGUGGGUCCGUCGCCGGAGGAGCCUCCCUGCAACGCUUGAACACGAAAUCCUCCUCCUCGAGCGACUCCCUGCCCCACCACAAGUACAACACAAUGACGCGGCUGGAGGGGAACGUGUUUGCCGCCCCCACCACAGGGGACCUGUACUACGCAGUCGGGGGGACGGCCCCCCUGCACCCCCUGAUGUAUGCGGCCAGUCGGCCGAUCGGCGGCUCCCAGAUACUGAUCGACCCCUACGACCCGCCGCAGAUGUACAAAAGCGACUCGAAGGCCUCCAUCCUGAGCGAGUUCUCGCUCCGCAGCAGCGACAACUCGCAGCGCUACGCCCGCUACGGCGGGGGCCACCGGCGGCAUGGCGGCGGCCGCGUCAGCGACUCCAGCCUCUUUUCGGUGUACUCCAACUCCGGCCAGAGGCGGUACUUCGGCAGCUCGGAGAGCCGCUUCGGAUACGAUUGCCGGCGCUGCAGCCUGGACGGCAUCAUUGGCAUGGGCUCGGCCAUGGGGGGAAUGGGGGGAAUGGGAGGUAUGGGGGCCAUGGGGGCUGCUGCGGCCCCCUCCGACAAGUGCAGCUACUCGGACAACUGUCGCUACGAGUGCAGGAACUGCGACUGUUCCUCCAAUUACUUCAGCUCCGACUUCGACGACUUGUACGGGUCCAUGGCUCGUGGCGGGAGCAGCGGCAUACCACGCAAGACUGCGGCAGGGACGCUGCCCUCCAGUUCGCAGGACGACAGCGCGGAUCUGAAGGAGAAGCCCACGCCGCCGCCGUUCCUGCAGCAGCAGCAGUUCUCUGGCCCGCAGGACCUCAAGCAGAACAAAUACGCGCAGGACUUCUUCAAGCACGUGAACGACGUGAAGCGCAGCAUUUACCAGUCGGAAAUGCAGAGGAACAACAGUCUGGAGUCCUCCAGACGAGGACCCAGGGCCGGCGGCCACACUACCAACACUACCAGGUCGAGCCCCAAGCGCGCCGCCUCCCAGGAGCCCAGCCAGGAGCCCGUCGUGACCACGCUGCCCUUGAGCAGGGGUCGUCCGGCCGCAGGAGCCAGGCCCACGCCGGCGCCCCGAACCAGUCUACAGUCGCAGUCCGUACUGCCGCCCACGUCCACGCCCAGAGACCCGACACCAACGAAACGCAAGGCCCCAUCCAGUGGCCGGCGGGAGUAUCCUUCGCUGGACCGACUCGUCGCAUCCAGCACGGGAACGAUACCCAAGAGACACGGCCGGACAACGGCGGGCACGGACUCCCUGAGCCCGAAGCUUACGUCCAAGUCGAUGGACUCCGAGCCGAAGGACUCGAGGGCGGGGAACGCGGGCGAAGAACAGUUUACGCCGGGCAAGAGACAUCAUCGGACGGGCGGCACAAAGUCCCACCAGAACGUGCCUGGUCCCAGCACCCGGCGAAAGGACAUCCCAGCCCCGCCUCCACCAUCCCCGGCCACCUACUCCGACCUGCAGGAGCUGAAGGCGAACAUGGAGGGUCUGCAAGACGACACCAAGUCCCGGAGUCUCGAGAGUGAGACGAACGAAUCGCCAGCGUUGGCCAAGCCCAGUGUCACGGGACCCCAAAACGACAAGAACCCAGUGACAAGGCAGGCGGUGGCAUCGGUGGCAUCGGUGGCUCCCUUGAAAAUCACAAUCGCUCUGAUGGAUAUGGACAUGCAAGCGGAAUCUUCCAACGGAAGUCCACCAUCGGUAUCGGCAUCAGCGUCGGCAUCGGUAUCGGCAUCGGUAUCGGGUAUCGGUGCAGUGGACCCGGACGAUAACGAUGUGUUUUACGAUGCACGCAGCGAGAACUCCGGCGCGGGUUGCCUGCCCACUGAGCCCCAAACUAAGGGCGCGUCCGGUACGGUGGCAGCCGCCGAGAACAGCAAGGAAACAAUUUACGGCAAAAUGGAACACUCGACCAAGGAUGUCAAUACCUUGUCCCGCACUGACCCCGUCGCAGGGGGCCCCGGACAGGCGGCGAACAUCUCGGGCACACCGGAAGGGAACGACAUUGGUGUUGCCAGCAGCAGCGACGGGGUGGGCACACCCUGCCAUGUUGCCAGCCAAGUGGGCCUGGACACAUGCCCAUGCGAGUCCGAGCUGACAGACGCUGCACUGAGGGGGGAAGGGAAGGGCGAGGAAACGACAAGCAAAACAAGAGACGACGAAAACACACGGACGAGCGCCAGCGACCAACAUGCUGCCGCAACAUGUUUGCAGGGGAAGCAGACCAGUUUGCCAGCAACAACAAUUGUCGACGGCACUCCAACAAUCACCAACGCUGGAAACAUCAGCCCCAGCGAGGCCCCAGCCAGCACCAGCGCCAACAGCACCGAUGUGGAUGUGGAUGCCGAUGCCGAUGCCGAUGUCGAUGUCGAUGUCGAGUUCAGUUGCAAGACGGGCAACACGGACAGCGCAACGCUAACGCACAGCGAUCGGAUCCUCGAUAUACCUGUACUUGUGACAGCCGCAGAGAUUCCGGCACAGUCGCGACUACUGACGCGCCAGGACUACGCCUGCCUCGACUCCAGUGAGGCACAAUCGGACGAUAGUCACCUGACCCGCGAUUCCGUGACGCGCGAGUCCCAGAACGAUGAACUCUCCUCGUCGACCCUCGAGAAACUAGACGUCAGCACCCUACCACUGCCCGCCCUGCCGAAGCGCCGUCGGCCCCGCUCCCGUGCCAGUCCCUCGAAGAACUUGCAGCAUCGGCAGCGUCAUGAAGACAUCGACAACGCCAAUGCAGUCGACACAUCGCCAGCAUCGUGCCACCAACAGCCACACGCUAAGCCAAGACAGCGCGCCGACACACCAGAGACACAAAAGUCAGAGAUAAGCGCGCCAAAAAACCACGCAGCCGCUCAAAAGCAAAAGCAAAAGCAGCAACAGCCGCCACAGCCCCAGCCGCAGCCGCAGCCGCAGCACCUCUCCGCCUUCCAGCAGUACGUCGCAAAGCGGCGCGAAAGUCUCGAGGCGUCCAACCGCAGCUUCAACGAGAAGCUGGAGGCCCGCAGAAUGCACUAUCGCGUGGGCGGGGGAAGUGCCGCCAAUGUGACGACUGGCGCCAGCAGCGGAGUGCCCACCUAUCUGUUCGGGGAGCACUAUGAGGCGGGGGGCGGCCCCGGCCCCGGCUCCGGCUCCGGCUCCGGGCGCAAGUCCCUCUCGCCCGCCGCCAACAAGGAGGAAAUCUACCUGAACAAGUCCGGCUGGGUGCAGGUGAACACGAAGCGUGGCGGCUUCAAGGAGGACAGUGGUGGCGUCUAUCGACGUCAGCAGAACGGCGGCCCGGCCUCUGUCCUGCAGGACAACGGCAGGAGUCGAGCGACCGCACGCGCGAUUCCCAUGGACGCGCACGGACGUCGCUCAGAUCUGGCUCGCUAUUCGUUUAUAUACCAGCACCAGCAGCACCAGCAGCACCAGCAGCACCAGCAGCAGCAAUCGAACAUGGGCAUCGCGGAGCCCAAGUUCGUGGGGUCCAAAGUGGAGGAGCUGAUACAGCGGAACGAGGCGCGGCUGGGCGGGUUCUCCUCACGGGAUCCCGCCCUGCGUCCGGGCUACCGAAUCAUCGAUCCCCAGCUGGCGAGCAUCCUCAAUGAGCGGCCGGGCUUCCUGCCUGUGAAGAGCCCCAACGACUUGGACUCGCCCAUCACGCCCAUCCUGUCGCCGCCUCCCGCUUUCCAGGACAACAGCCGAAGCACGCGCCAGGUGGACCGCCGCAAGUCGAGUCGCCAGCAGGCGCCCAUCCCACUGCCGGCGGCCCUGCAGUCCGGCGAAGCGCAGCUCAGUCCGCAGCACCUGGCCAACGGGUCCGUCAAGGGCAUGGUCUUCUCCCGCAGCUUCGAGUACGACACGCGACGGCCCACGCCCACCAACAGCUACGUGGAGACGUUCUCCCGCAGCUUCGACGGCAACCUGUCGGAGCGUCCGCUGCACCUGGGCAUGCCGCCGCUGGCAGGACAGCGCGAGCGCUCCCCGAACUUCAGCACGCUGACCGGCAACUCGCCCAACUACCUGACGAAGCGGGAGAGCGGGGGCGGCAGCAGUGGCUCCCUUCGCAGUCGCGACAGCUCGCCCAAGUUCCUGAGUCCCCAGACGACCACCGCCUAUCUGAACACGUCGGUGAAGGAGGCGCCGCCGGCCUACAGCAUGGCCACAGGUGGAGGCGGCACGCAGGCCAAGUACUCACCGCGCUCGCGUCACGAGCGGACCUCGGAGCGAUCCAAGAGCCAUGCCCUGGGGCGCUCGCGCAAGUCCCAGUUCAACCGCAUGGGCAGCGCAGGACCUCCGGCAGCGCCGCCCUCCUCCCUGGGCAUGGGCAUGGGAGUCUCCCGCUUUCGCAGCUUCGACACAACAAAGAGCCAGCGCCUGAACUCCUGCGACAGCGGUGCGCGAUCGGAUCUCUCCAACGACGAGCUGGACAACGAGGACGGGGGCCUGAGCGAGUUCCUGUCGGCCGGCAGCCAGAAGUUCCCGAAACCCUGCUCGAGCAGCGUCAGUAUCUCGCCGUUCAAGAUGCAGCGCCAGCGCUCACUCACGCCGGACCGGAACGAGUCGCACAGCUCGUCGAGCAGCCUGCGCAAACAGCGAUCGCUGACCCCAGAGUCGCGAUCCCUGACGCCCGAGGAGCGACGCAAGAAGGGCUCACAGCUGUCGCUGUUGGGCUCACGCCAGAACUCCGGUUGCUCCGGCUCCAGGAGCAACACGUUGGAGGCACGGCAACGGCACGAGGACAAGACGCCGCCCAACAUCUCCCGCAGCUCUUCCAGCUCCAGCUACAGUGGCGGAGAGCCCCAUGACCGCCUCAUGGCCGCCGGCACCAGUUCGACAGUGGCCCCCGGACCGGGGUCCGGUUCCACCAGCCAUCGCCGGGCCUUGGCCGCCGCCCACAGUGCCGCCAAGCAGGCGGAGCACGAGCACCGCAUCAGACGGUCGAGGUCCCUGCAACUGAGCGAGCGCUCCCCGAAUCGAGCGCACAAGUCAAUCGUCAAUGUGGGUGCCGGGUCCGCCCAGCAGCCGCAGCAGCAGCCGCCACAACAGCCGCCAGGGUCAUCCUAUCAGCAGUCCCGGGUCAGUCUGGGGGUCAGUGGCGUCUUUCCGCCCACCAUUCGCACGUCCCCGGCCAGCAACAAAAUACUGGCUCCCUCGUCAGGGUCGUCCGGCAGUGCGACGAGGCCGCGGCAGAACGAGACGGACAAGGCGCGGUCCUUCGACUUUGAUUACAACAACUUCAACCGCAGCGGCGGCGGCGGCGCCAAGGCCAAGCCCCCGCGAUCCUCGCACACCAGCGGCAGUGGGGGCGACAGCGGAAGCAACCAGAACCUGCGCAUAGAGCGGGAGACGCGCUCCUUCGACGAGGACUAUCGCGAGGCAGUGCUCAACAACAACAACGGGAGCAGUGGCAGCGUCAGCGUCAGCGGGCUGCGUUACCUGCAGCCUGCGGCCGAGGCCGCCCUUGUGCCGGUCGUCUCCGCCUCGACGUCCCGCCUGAGGCAAUCGAACUCCCCCGUGAACGCCUCCGGCAUCGAGUACGCUGCCUCGCGAUCGCCCCAGUCCUCGGGCUCCUCGUCGAAUGCCCUGCACCAGCCGCAGCGAAAAACAGGCAGCCCCCAGAGCUACGGAACGCGGCUCUGCGACCAUGAGCUCACGUACGAGAUGCUCCGCAAGUCGCCGAUCAUGAACUUCCGCCGCGGAGACAGCAGCGACUACGAGCUGCCCGUCCUGCUACGGAACAGGGAGACCAUUAACUCCGGCGGCAACAGCGAGCUGAACUUCAUGAGCAACGAGACGCGGAUCUACGAGCACCCGACGACGGUGCUGAAGCCGCAGCGCUCCCUCCGCCAGAGUCCGGGAUCGCGGGACGACAUACCACUGGAGGUGGCCGUGGGCGUGGGGGGCGACUACAUAUACAGGCAGGCGCCCGCCCAGCCGCGCAGCAGCAGCGCCACCUCCCAGCCGCAGUCCCCGUCCCAGACGACUACCAAGAGCUGUAGCAAAACGCUAAACACCUGCGACUAUUGGCCACGUUGCGGGGCUUGUCAGGAGAAAGCCGCGCCCGCGGCCAUCAGGCGGCAGUAUUCCCUGCCAGCGGUCUCGACGAUGGACCAGGAGCAGCCCCACGUCACCACCGUGGCGGUUAAUGACAAUGUGGCCAGCGUCCGCCAAUCGUCGUCCAUUCCGCAAUGGACUCUCCUGUGCAGCGGCGUGGCCCACUGCCGUCCGCAGGAGCUGGCAGAGAAUGAGCGCCGACAGCUGAUGGCUGUUGUGCGACCCCGGGUCGUGCCCUUGGCCCCCACAUCACUCGUCCUGCUGGGCGAGGGCGACCUCUACAAAAAGGCCUGUCCACAGGUCCUGGCUGAGGCGAAGGCGGAGGCGGAGGCGGAAGCGGAGACGGAGCUGGGGCUGAGAAACCCCCCGGACACACAGGACAGGCAGGAUGAAUUCCCCAACGUGAAGGACAAGUGUCGCAACAUGGAGCGCAGUUACUCCCUUCCAAGCCUACGGAUUCGCAGAUACACGGAACCAGGAGCAAGCAUGCCGAAAACCGGAAAUCACGGAGUCAAAGUCGUAGGAACCAGGAGCAACAGGACCACCUUUGCCGGCGGACUGUCGCAGCAGAUGCGCGCCGUCUCCAGUCCCUCGCUCACAGAGCCCUAUUCAGAGUCGCGAAAGCCGCCGGAGGAGGGCAGGGCAGCGGCGGACGGAGUUGCCAAUGUGGCCACAAGCAGGAGCAGCGGCAGCGGCAGCGGUGUGGGCGGUGUGGGCCUAGGCGUCCUGCUUAAAUUUAAGCGCACGUUUAACAACUUCAACAACAAGAACCAACUGCACAUCACGCCCGUACUGGCAACGGCAACGGCAGCAGCCGCCCCAAAGCCGAAGCUAUCGCCAACGACGCCGACCGUAUCGAUCACAACAGCGGCACCAGCGGCGGCGGGCGACGGCACUGGAGCGGACGGGGGCGAUGGCAGCUCCGGCAAGUACCGCUUCGGACCCCUCAUCUGGCGCACCUCGAAGGAGCGCCGCAAGACCAAGUUCAACCGACGCGACAAGUGCAACUCGGGCGAUUCGGGCAUCCAGAUAGAGCUGGAGCAGGACGAGCAGUACUCCCGCGUGCUGGCGGUGAGUGCCCAGGGCGGGGGAGACGGCGGAGAAGGAGGCGGCACGUCCGCUGGAACCGAAGGAGCUGGCAGCAAGCCGCGCACCAUACGGCGCACCAACUCGGCCAAAGCGAGCAGCAUCCUCGGCUCCUUCGCCCUGAGGUCCAAGCACCACAUGCACCUGGACAUCGGGGGCACUGAGAAUGUCGAGCGUGAGGCCCCCGAGUCACUGCCCACACGAUCGCUCAGCCAGCCCAACGGACUGGAAACCUACGGCAUGGGCCGCCCGGAGAUGGAGGACAGCGACAGCGACAGCGUGGCAUCCCACGAGGAAGCUGGCGGCUACCACUACCCGGCCAUCUACGCGGAGGUGCUGUACAAUUUCACGGCCGGAGGGCCGCAGGAGCUGGGCCUGGAGCGCGGCAUGCUGAUUGAAAUACUGCGCAAGGAAGUGGGACCCUGGUGGUUCGGCCGCAUCAAGAAGGAGGAGACCAGUCGCGUGGACGAGAUCCUCGACCCAGAGCUGGGCUGGUUCCCAAAGGAGUUCGUGCGCCUUAUUCAGUGCCCCGAGACAGAUGGCUUCUUCAACGCACACCGAUCGGCAGCCGCAACGGCCAGGGAGGACGGCGAUGCCGUGCCAGUGCCCGUGGCCGAAUUCGCCAAGGAGGCAGAUGUCACCAUGGCCACGGAUCAGAGCAACAUCACCACCAUAGUCAUUGAGUCCCCGCCAAUGCCCUCGAACGGGUAUCCCACCCUGAACGCGCUGGACAGCGACAACAACGUCCUGCGCCGAAGUGCUGUGCGCGAGCUGCUGGAGACGGAGGUCAACUACGUCAAACUGCUGGCUGCCAUUUGUGACGGGUAUCUGCCGGCCAUGAGCAAGCGCAUCGACAUAUUCUCGCCGAACAGCAUCCGCCUGAUCUUCUCGAACAUAGCGGCCAUCUACAAGUUCCAGAAAAAGUUCCUCGAGGCGUUGCGCAGGGGAAUCGAGCAGAACCAAAUCGCGAAGGUGUUCCUGAAAAUGCACAAGGGAUUCCUGUGCUACUCCAACUACUGCAACGCCUAUCCCCGGGCCCUUAUCGAGCUGGAGUCCUACGACCGCGUCAAGGAUGCACGCACCAUUCUGGAGAAUUGCCGCGAGUCGGAGAACCUGGCCGAGCUGCCACUCUCCGCCCACCUGCUGGCUCCCGUGCAACGCAUCUGCCGCUAUCCCCUGCACCUCAGCGAGAUUAUCAAGCCGGCGCGUGCUUCUGCUGCCAAGACGGGCAGCGAUGGCGAAAAAGCUGAAAAACCCUCGGCCCCUGACUACGAACAGCUCGACGUCAACGAGAUGGACAUACCCGACACGUACGAGACCGUAAACCUGGCGCUGGAGGCCAUGCGCGGCAUCACUGAGGCGGUCAAUGAGGGCAAACGCCACAGCGAGACCAUUGCGAGGCACCAGGCCAGCUUUCAGAACUUCAAGGGCCCGCCGCUGCAUCUGCACAGCGCACGCUUCUUCCUGCAGGUGGACGCCACACGCCAGAAGCAGAAUCUGUGGAACAGCAGCUACACCCUGUUCCUGUUCGACAACCAGCUGGUCUACUGCAAGCGCGACAUCAUCAAACGCAGCCACUUCAUAUACAAGGGGCGCAUAUUCCUCGACCGCUGUCGCGUGGUGAACGUGCGGGAUGGCAAGAUGUUCGGGCACACGAUCAAGAACUCGCUGCGGAUCUACUGCGAGUCGCGGGACAAGUGGUACGACUUCAGCUUCCGCUCGGCGAACCGCAAGCACCGCUUCCUCAACACCCUCGCCCUCGAGCGGCAGUUCGGCGGCAAGGCCCUCUACGUAUCGGAGAUGACUGGCUUCGAGUACAACUACGAGGAGCGGCCGGGCGACUUUUCCGAUCAGUCGGACUACGAGCUGCCCGACUUUGAGCACGCCAUGUGCGGCGGCACAUCGGCCAGUGGGGAGAGCUCCGUUCCGGAAUCGCCGGCCAAGUCAGCGUCCCGGUUCUCCGAUACUUUGCCGAAAAAAUCGCAGUCCCGCGAUGGCUUCGCCAGCGUGGACAACUCCCAGAUGCUGUCGACGACAUCGACGGGUUCGCUGGGACGACGCCGCAUUGGCAACUGGUUCCGCAAGCCAAAGAGCACCAACUGCACGCCCAGCCAGUCGCCGACGCACAAGCCGGGCUUUGACGCCGAUGAGACUCUGACAGCGGCCCGUGUGGCAGCCAUCGAGCUGGCCGAGGCCGCCGCCUCGCUCUUGCCAACGGACAGUUCAUCCGCCUAAGCACACAGAGAAUAUCAGAAUACAGAACACAGAACACAGAAUAUUAGACAUACAUCCAGGCCUGUGCGAAGAAGGCGCAUACUAUUUGUUAUGUUACAUUAUUGUUAAUGUUAAAUUGCCUCUACCAAUUGAAAAAAGUAAACAAAACUAACGAGUGUUACAGUAUAUUUUAGAAUUUUUUUUUCCAUUUUUUUUUUUUUGUAAAUCUUUUGUCGUUCGAGGAUUUCUAGACGGCAAAACGAUAAACGUGGUAAUAAGUUAUGUAUUUAGAUUUUUAGACUUACCAAAAACAAAACAAAAAUAAUGUAUACUUGUGGCAUUUGAAGGCAGCUUUCGAUAAAAGUGCCAGAUGCUGGUGUCGCCGACUGCUAGUCUAAAAACCCUAUUACCUAUUACCUACUACCUGUCCGUAUAAUCCUAAUUUAUGUGAUAAGGCGAUAAUAAAUUCCUGCAAAUUACA